AUGGACAAUGAUCACGUUGUGACCUCUGUUCACAGACCACGACAGAUGGAUUCUUUCGUCUUUGAUGACAUCAGCUCCAUGAUACAGAACGAGGCUACUGAGAGAAUCAUCUCACCAAUGAGUGUUCGGCUCUGCCACCUGCUCAUCUCCAUGGAGAAGGCAGAUGUGGAGGAGGAGGCAUUUGGCUCUUUGGAGAAAACGGCAGAGGACUUGGCUGAAGCUACUGAGGCAUUGGUAGAGAAGGCCAGGAGGCUGGCGGCUGACUCUGGGGAACAGUGGCUCAGGGCAGAGGUGGAGCCUGCAGCAGAAUCACUCCUGCUUUGCGGGAGGAAUGUCACGCAGGUGGCACGGAAGCUCCUACUGCAGCCCGCCUGCCAGCGCCACCGCGAGGAGCUGGCGACUAUGGCUCAGCAGAUGGUGGUGGCCACUACCAAGGUGCUGCUCCUCGAAGAUGCGGCAACGGCAAGGAGGGCGGCGCUGGAGGCCGGCUGCUGCUUGAGCUGCCUGGACGCGCUGGAGGCCACGGACGACGCGGCCUCGCUGAGCCGCCUUUUCGCGGAUCUGGCUAUGGCGCUGCUGCGCCUGGGGCACCUGACGGCGCGCCGGGGCGAGGCCGACGGCCUGCUGCGGGGCUGCAUCCCCGCACUUGUCGCGGUCGCUCGCGGCCAUCUGCGGUACCCACGCGACCCGCAGUUGGCAGCCUCCAGGCGCCGCGUUCUCGCUCAAACCAGGGAGGCCCUGAGCAAGCUCCUGGCGCUGCUGGAGCCCAGCGCCAGCUCGUUCCCAGCGCAGACCCUCUCACGGAGCGGCGCGCUCACCCGGCGCCUGCAACAGGUGCGGGAGCUGCUGCUGGCGACGCCCACACCCGGGUGCCUGAACGGCCUGCUGGACGCGCCUCUGGCGGCGGUGCUCGGACACUGCAUGUACCUGGCCGCCGGCUGCGCGCCGCCGGAGCGGCUGCACCUGGUAGUCCGCUGUCGCCAGCUGCUGGAGCUGCGGGGGAGCCUUGGGGCUGCAGAGACCGGCCGCGCGAGCCUGGAUUCGGCCGAGGAGCGCGCGGCGCUGUGGGCUGCGGCCGAGGGCCUGUCGCAGGGUAUCCGCACAGGGUUACUGAGCCAGAUUCUGGACACGUUCACGGACACGCAGAGUCCCCUUCAAAGUCUGAUCCAGGCCGCGCGAGUCACUCCCCCAGAAGACUGCCUGCGCAGUGGGGAAACCUCACCCACAAGCCUCCAGCCCUUUCUUGCAGUCUUCCUUGAACAGGCCGGGCACAUGCUCCGGGUGGCCCACCUGGUUUUGGUGUGCUGCUCGCGGCCGCAGACUGGCAGAGACUUGGAAAUCGCUGCUGCCGGCUUGUGGGCUCUCGUGGUUAGAGUGCAGCAGUUUUUCUCCCAAGACCCCCGGAACUGUGAUCUGGACCUGAGCCCCGACGCCUUGCAGGCUUUGCUUCAGGCCUGGGCCGCUGCAUCUGAUCACCUGUUGUCAUGUUUUGAUGAUGUCCUGGAUAUUCCUGAGUUCCUGAGCGCGUGCAUUUGGGAAAUGACUCGGCGCCUGCCCUUCCUUGCGUGGGCUUUGAGCAGUGGCGAUCCCACAGAGCUCCGCAGACCUGUGGUGUAUCUGCAGGCUCGAGCGGUGCACAUGGUGCAAGUGAUGAACAGGUAUGUGGGCAGAGAAAGAGACCCCAUUUUCCGAAAUGGCCUGCGAGUCCUGAUCCAGCAGCUGGCACAGGCUUCCCGGCGCCUGGGUGCAGCUGCCGAGGACUGCUCAGAGGAGAACAGCCUAUGGGACACAGGUGUGGUUUUAGCAGCAGCCAGACAACUCAUCUGUUCAGCUCAGAGCAUCCUGGAGGGCUUGGAUGGAACCAACCACCCAGACAUCCUCAGCCCCCUACGGGUUCAAGUCUGCAGGUUUGGAACGACUGAGGACCAGCCCUGUUUGGUGCUCCCUGGCCUCUGGGACGGCAGGGCUCCUGAACUGAAACACCAGCAGGUGCCUGGGUUCAGGGAAAGGGAUCCAGGCACUUUCUGCUCCCCCAGAGUCCAUCCUGCCUGCCCCUCGAUUCCUGGCAUGGAUCCCCCAGGAGGGAAGGAAGACUCUCGGCUCUCUGCCAUUAACAAGCUGGUGCUGGCAGUACAGCGCUGUGGCCCUGAGGGGUCGACCUCAGCUGGCUUCAGCCUGCCUGAGCAGGGUGCAGGUCAAGAGCCCCUAGCUGGGGAGGGACUGCUGGGGUCAGAGCGGAUGCCAGGCCUUCAGGAAGUCUCCACUCUGCCACCUUGUUUGUGUAAGCUGCCUAGGGAAGUAGCCCAUGGUGCAGCUGCUGGAACGGACAGGCUUCUGGAGGCGAAGCUCCAGCUCCCUGGGAGGACCAGGGAAGCCAGGCAGGAUAUGGUAGCCACUGCUGGAGACUGGUACCUUCUGUGCCAACAGCUGUUCUACCACAGUCAAACAGCUGAUCUACCAGGGAGCAUGGCCACAUUCAUGGAGCUUCAGCAGAAUUUAGCCUCGGUGGUUCAACUAGCAGCUAAAAGUGUACUCAUGGAUUUGGAUAAGAAGGGCCCUAUCUCAACUGGGCACCCCGAAACAUUUGCACAAAUGCAAGGCAGAUGGGAGGAGGCAGAGACUCAUGCCAAGCAGCUGAUGGACCAGUUGCUGGCCUCUGAUGGGUGCCGAGCUGUCAAGUCAUGGGGCGAGAACAUUGAAGACAGAUGCCUUCUGUGGUCAACGGCCAUCCAAGACCUGAUACAGCACAUGGAAAAGCUCAACGAGAGACAAGGCCUGUUCCUGCUUCCCCUGCGGCAGGCUGUGAGGCACCAGCAGGGGUGGAAGGAAGGGUUGGAUCGGGCAGCAGAUGCUUCUCAGAGGCUACAAGAGGUCGCCAGGCUGUCAGGCCCACUGUGUGGGAACGAGCAGGUGCAGGCCGAGCUCUCCUUUCUAGGCAAGGAAGUUCACAUGCUCACGGAUGCUCUCUUGUUCGUGGCCCAGCUCUUGGUCUCCUCUCCCAAGCCGGCUCCCAGCCUGUCCACACGCUUCGAGCUCCUCUGCUUGGAGCUCACUCUGCGAGCCAAGGCCCUGACGGACCACUUCCACAGCAUCCAUGCAGACUACACGUGCGCUCUCAAAGACAUUUUCUGCUCCAGAUACUCCAUCAGCAAGGAUCCCCAGACUAGACCCGGAAACAAGUUAGAAGCCAUGGUGUCUGGCAUCCAAGCUGUACAGGCAAUCGUGGCAGAAAGUAGAGAGUCUGGGCCCUGCCAUGAUGCCCUCACUGUGGCUCUAGAGAACAUCCUUGUCCUCACCAAGGAGGUGGCCCAGAGGCUCCCUGUGCUCCGAGAACACCUCGAGGAGUGCGAGACGCAGACCCUGGAUUUGCUUUGGUGGGAGUGGGCAGCCACGGCUCACUCUGCCAUGGCCCAGCUGCAAGCCUGGAAGGGCAGUCACUCAGAGGCCUGGAGACUCCUGGCCCAGUGCUUGAAACCAGGGGAGGACCCAGUGCUGGCCCCAGUGCAGGACCUUGCCCAGCCCGGGCUCUACCACAAGGCGGGGACAACAGGAACUGAGGCAACAGAGCUGGCCCAGUCAUUGCAGAAAGAUGACAGCGCAGACAAUGACAACAGACUCUCGCAGAUCACCCAAGAGAUGACUGAAAUGGUGCUGCGAAUGGCCCAGAGUUUGAGGAAGAGAUGCCUCCUGACCAAAGAUGAGCUCAUUACCUCCGCGAGGAAAGUCGCAACCUGUGCACAAGAAUUUGCCAGACUCAUCUGCAUGAUCGCCAAGAACUGCAUAGACAGAAGAUGCUCCCAGGAACUUGUGUGUAGAGUCGAACAGAUCCAGACGAUGAGCAACCAGCUCCGUAUCAUCUCCAGCGUGAAGGCCUCCCUGGCCAGAAGCAGGUCCUCCGAAGAGCUCCUGGUGGGGAACGCGCAGCAGCUGCUCCAGGCCGUCCGUGAGGCCGUGAGAGCCGCAGAAGCUGCGAGUCUGCGGGGAUUGAGAUCGCCUCCCCACAACCCAGAGGAAUCAGAAGUUGCUGCCCUCUGCAUGCAGUGGAGGAAGAGACUUGUAAAACACAGACUUCAAGAAACUUCCACCAGGGACUGGGAUGAGUGGGGCCUGCGAAAAGCAAGCACGGAAAUGCCUCCCACACUUGCUGCCCUGAUUCAAAGCUAA